AUGGUUCUGGAGCCUUUGGUUAGCAGUGAGGAUGCCACAAUCUUCGAAUUUGUCAUCUUCGUACAUCUAGUCCUCCAAAAGGGCAAAGAUGGCCAGCAGUUCCUGAUGUUGGAUGUGGCUGUCUGCCAGCAGGCCAAGUGGCAGGGUGUCUCCACCACUGCGGCGGCCCCCUGCAGGCUGAAGAAGGAAGUUUUCUGCUGUGGUAGACAAGGACUACUGUGCUCUGGGGAGGACUUGGCCAAGAUGCUGCUUCUGAGGUCAGUUGCCAUGACAUCCCCACAGACCAGCAGCCAGGUACCUCUCAGGAGUCAGACUUUCUACUUCCCCCAUCGCUUCCAGAAGGCAAAAGAAGGCUUCUCAGACCCUCCUCCUGGCAUUCGUCACACCUGCAACCUCUCUGCAUCCUGGUAUCAUCCUGAGAGUUCCAGUCCUCUCACUCGGUAUCCUCCCAGGGCCGUCUUGGUGACCCAGCCUGAAAAUGCUGGGUACUUUGCCAUCUGCUGCUUCCCAGAAACAGAUGCUCAGGCACCUCCAGCUCUGGGAAUCCGUGUUCACGUGGCUUCUGGAACAGCUCUUUGUCUGCUGCUGGACUUUGGGGACAGUUGUGGAGCUCAGAUGAGACUGUGUACAGUGACAGGUGCAGCUACCGUGACUGGCUACCAUCAGUACAGGAAAGUAACAGAAGGAGUCUAUAAGCUCAAGGCUGUUAUCCAUGACUUUCAUGGAGCUGAGGAACUGGGGCCCUAUUAUAUGGACAUUGGCCAUGGGAGUGUGUCUGUAUUCAUGAAUUCCAGCUCGAUCCAUGAGAGCGAAGCUCUUUCUUUUGCUGACUCCCUUCCUCAGCAGAGAGGCACAGUCGUGGUACAUUGUUUUUCAUCCAAUUCUUCAUACAAUGUGUCCUUUAUUUCUCAGACCCAAGUGGGCAGCGGCCAGGCCUGGCGUGGUGUGCCUGUCCGGUAUAAGAUGCAAUCUGUGUCCGUCUACACCAAUGGAACUGUGUUCGCCGCAGACACUAACAUCACAUUUGUGGCCAUUACCGAGGAAACUAUACCCCUGGAGUUCGCUUGGUAUUUCGGAGAAAACCCACCAGUGACGACAACUUCCAGGGGCAUUAGAAGAAGGCUGAGCAUCCCUCAGUGGUACCAUGUGAAGGUCAAGGCCAUCAGCAGGAUUGGCAGUGUGGUCUCUGAACCCCACGUCAUCAGGGUGCAGAAGAGAAUCGUGGCCAAUCGGCUCAUGUCCACUGCCUCAGCCCUGGUAAAUGCCAACGUGUCCUUUGAGUGCAGGCUCAACUUUGGCACUGAUGUAGCCUACCUCUGGAACUUUGGAGAUGACACCAUUGAGUUGGGCAGCAGCUCCUCCAGCCAUGUCUACAGCAGGGAGGGAGAGUUUACAGUUGAAGUCCUUGCCUUCAACAACGUCAGCUCCGCCACCCUAAGAAAGCAGCUUUUCAUCGUGGGGGAGCCUUGCCAACCACCCCCAGUGAAGAACCUGGGGCCUGCGAAGGUGCAGAUAUGGAGGUCUCAGCCCCUGAGACUAGGAGUGACAUUUGAAGCUGCUGUCCUCUGUAACAUUUCCCAAGGGCUUUCCUACUCCUGGAGCUUUGUGGGUGCUGAGACGACCACUGUCACCCUCCCUGCUGCCAUCAACACCCACAGACAGACUAUCAUGCUCCCAGGCUACACACUGGAGUGUGGGAACUACACUGCCAUCGCCAAGGUUCAGAUCAAGGGGAGUAUGGUGUAUAGCAACUACAGUGUUGGUGUAGAAGUUCGAGCUAGGGCACCAGUCAGCGUGAUCUCUGAAGGCACACACAUCUUCAUCUCCAAGGCCACUUCAACCUUCAUCAUCCUCAGAGGGGCCCAGUCCUUUGACCCGGACAACCCCGGGGCUGCUCUCAGGUAUCACUGGACUUGCACAGCGGCCAGCUCACCAAGGUGGCCCUGCUUUGAUAACUCUACUUCACACCAAGUGGACACUCAAGCUCCUGCCAUCGCCUUCCCAGCAAGAUGGCUCAGUGAAUGCUGUGACCAGUUCCUUGUGACACUGACAGUCUCCAGUAGGGGACAGAACUCAUCACAGGCCUUGCUGUUCCUGUCCACCCGUCCUGACCUGGCCUUCAGAUUCGUCCACAUCUCAUGGGACAACUUUAGAGACAUCUCUGUGAACUGGAAUGAAGAGGUGUCUCUCCGAGCUGUGUGUGAAGACUGUGGAGAUGUCCCUGACCUCACUUAUUCCUGGGACCUCUUCCUAGUCAACGCAACAGAGAAGAGUGAAGUGCAAGGACCUGUGGCAGGCUCAGGAGAGCCUGUGGAGGACUAUGGCUCACUGAGUUCCCUGACUGAGGAAGCCCUGAUGAUGAACAGCCCUGAGGGAAGCUGGCCCUCCCCCAGCUCUUCCACUGACUUUGAUGAUUUUGAAGCCUAUUAUAGCGACAUCCAAGAAGCAGUGCUAUCCCUAGGAAGACAGCCAGGGACCAGUACAAACUUUCAGGAAGCAGGACCAAGCCUGAGUGCUGAGGAGAGUGCCAAUUAUGGGGACAACCUGCUGGGCCCUUUCCUCCACACAGAUAGAGCAAAGCCAACUCUCAUGAUCGACUGGCCAAAGGCCCUGGUCAACCAAGCUGUCUUCUAUGGCUACACCACAUCAGGUAUCAUGGGACCAGCUGUGACAAUAAAACCAUUCUCACUGAGCAGUGGAGAGACGUAUGUCUUACAAGCUUCUGUAGCUUCAAAGCAUGUCUUACUGGGCAAGGCUCAGCUCUACCUAACGGUCAACCAAGCUCCACAGGACUUGUCUUGUCAGGUGCGACCCCACCAUGGUAUGGAGGCAUAUACCAUCUUCAGUGUCUUCUGCAUGUCAGGGAAGCCGGACUUUCAUUAUGAAUUUCGUUACUGGAUAGGAAACACUUCCUCACGUACCCUGUACCAUGGACAAGACACCCAGUAUUAUUUUUUACUGCCAGCUGGUGACUCUUUAGACAAUUACAAAGUCAUUGUUUCAACUGAGAUCACAGAUGGCCAAGGCUCCAAGGUGCAGCCAUGCACUGUGGCAGUGACUGUGCUACCCCGUUACCAUGGAAAUAACUUCUGUGACAAGGACCUAUAUAACUCCAUUCUGGAAAACCUGUCUACUCUCCAGCUGGUGGGAAGUUACAUGGAAAUCAGGAACUACAUUACCAUGAUCACUGGGAUCCUGAACCGCUUGUAUUUGGAGAGCAGAAACACUUCUUCGUGUGGACAGUGGUCACAAAUACAGGAUGUAUUAAUUUCUUCAGCAUGCCAAGUACCUUAUACAGAUCAGGAAGCAAUGAUGGAUUCUAUUCAUAUAUUGAGAGACCUCAUAAGCUUCCCUAAUAAGUUGAGCUUGACGAGUGCCAUGUGCAUCUUCAAAUAUGCCAAGAUGUUCCUUGCUCAAGGUCAGUUCUCCAGGAGAUUGCUGACCAACAAAAAACUAAGAGUUGACUUUGUCCUUCUCAUCUCUGAAGUCUGGGAAGCUGCCAAAGAGGAUGUGAGGAAUGGGGACUAUCUGCAAGAAGAAGGCAUGAAGAUCAUCUCUGACAUGUUACUAGCCUGUCUCUCAGACAAGCAUCAGAUUCACAUAAGCACUGGGCACAUGGAGUUCCAGACCGUUCUCCAUCAUAGCCAUGAGAGCUCUAUCCAGAACCUAGGCUUCAUCCAGGUCCAUUUCCCCAGUGACCUGGCCUUGCACAGUACUACUCAAGAGGAAACACAAAGCUCAUGCUACAUCAGCCAGCUCAUGUUCUUCAUGAAGAGUCCUUAUCUAGGGGCACAAGUUUCUGGGCAGGUGGGUGGUGUCGUGAUCCCUAGGCUCUAUAGCUGCAAGAGCAGAAGACCUAUCCUCAGAGGACAACUGGAGACACCUGUGACUAUGGAGUUUGGGGAAGAAGACUACCUGGUAAAGGCGGAGCACAAGAGAAAUCCAGCCAUGUGCGUGUUGCUUCGGGAUGAGGUGAAUGUCCACCGGUUCACUGGGCUUUCAGAAAAUUCCCAGGAAUCUUUACAGAUACACAUCAAAUUCUCUCAGCCCGUUACAAGAGCCUUUCCCAUCAUGCUGUUAGUAAGGUUCUCUGAGAGAGCCACGCCUUCUGAUUUUCUUGUGAAGCGGGUCUACUUCUGGGAUGAGCAGACUGUACAGAUGUAUGUACCUGCUGCUCCAUGGAAAGGAGCCAAUGUGGGAUAUUUAUCCCUAUUAGAUGCUGACUAUGACAGAAAACCUCCAAACAAAUAUCUUGCUGGGGCUGUAAACUAUACAGUGCAUUUCCAGUGGAUCCAAUGUGUGUUUUGGGACAAGACAGAAUGGCGAUCUGAAGGCCUCUCUCCACAGCCAGGAUCUUCAACUGAAAAAGUCAACUGCAGCUACCAUCAGCUUGCACCUGUCUCUGUCCUAAGAAGAAAGCUGAACGCCACUCUUGAAGUGAGCAGCAUUUCUGAGUUUCAGAGUCACCCACACAACUUGCUCCCUGGUAUUUUCAGUGUAUUUUUCUUGGUUCUUUAUGGAUUUUUGGUGAGUAAAAGCAGAUGUAUAGAUUGUCAGGAGAAAAAGAAUCCAGGUUUUAUUUUUCUGGAAGAAGAUGCACCGCCUGGCUACCAGCUGUAUGCAGUCGUCAUUGACACUGGCUUCCGAUCACCAGCCAGAUUUACCUCAAAGGUUUUCAUUGUUCUAUGCGGUGAAAAAGGAUGCUCAGAAACCAAAGAACUCUGCUGUCCAGAGAAGCCCUUAUUUGGAAGGAAUUCCAGGCAUACCUUCAUUCUGAGCACACCUCACCAACUGGGUCCACUCCAGAAGAUCCGCCUCUGGCACGACAGUAGUGGACCUUCCCCAUGCUGGUUCAUCAGCCACGUGAUGGUGAAGGAGCUAUGCUCAGGACAAGCCUGGUUCUUCUCUGCUCAGUGCUGGCUGGCUGUGAGCAAAUCGGGUGGCCAUGUGUUACGAGAAUUCUUCUGCCGGAGCCAUGGUCUUGGUUUCUGGAAGCUUUUCUAUUCAAAGUUCACGGAGUACCUGGAGGAUUUCCACAUCUGGCUUUCACUGUACAGUCAGCCCCCAUCCAGCAGCUACCUACACACACAGCGGCUUGCCGUGUCCUUCUGCCUGCUGUGUGUCUACUCUUGCCUCACCGCCCUGGUCACUGUGCGAGGCCAUCAACAGUGCCCCCUGGAUGUGGGACCCACAGCUAUCACUCUGGAACCCUUCCGUCUAGCUCUGCUGUGCACCCUCCUGGCCUGUCCAGCUGCACAGCUCCUGUCACUGCUCUUCAGGUGCAACAAGGAAGCCAGAGGGCAUCUACGGGCUUCAACACAGUGGCCUCUAAGAGGAGUGAAGACAGAGAUACCUCAGGGCCCUGAUUCCAGUGAGAGACCCGAUUCAAGGCAGCCCUCCCCACAUCCCACAUCAGACCUUCUCCCCGGGACCGACCAAGCUUGGAGGAUAGCAGCCAGCAGCAGUGGCGAGGUCUGUUCACCAUUCCCACUGGAGGCCUGCAGAGAUAAACAUCCUGAGCUGAGAGAGAAAAGCCAUUACUCUCCUCCCAGUUCACAAGCUCUCAGCAGUGGUUUUGAAGAACCUGGGUCCCAGCAGUCAAGGUUCUGUCUGCUCUGGUCAAGCUCCGUGGCCUGGGCUAUCUCUGGAUCAGCUUCCCUGGCCUGUGGUUUGGGGACAGGGCUCCUAGGCUACAGGUUUGUGCCAGCACAGUCUAUGUGGUGGCUUCACCUGCUGCUUCUCUCUCUGGUCUGCUGCGCAUUCAUCACCCAGCCACUCAUGAUCUGCUUGGCAGCACUGGUCUUUGCUUGGAAACGGAAACACGACAGCAAGUUUUUUACUGAAUCUUUACAAGAUGCAACCAAGGGUCUGGAUUUGGAAUUGGAAGAACGUUCCAGAACCCGCAUUCCUCUUUCUCCUAUCUCUUAUAGUCCUGACACUGCCGAGGAGGCUGAAAGGGUCUUGGCUGCCCGACAACGAGAACGCCACCUGCGCUGGGCUCAGACACCAUCCAGGGUCAAGCUCAGAGAGACCAGGGAGAGACUGAGGAGAGAGAGCCUCAUGCAGGCAGCCCUGAGAGACAUGACCAUGAACAGCAUCAUGCUACUGCUGCUUUUGUUUAUGGCAUAUGGGAGAUUCUGCCCAGGUGAAUAUUCUCUCAAUCAUGCCAUCAGGAAGGCAUUUAUAAGACGUGCCAAUCACUCCUUGGGGGACCUCAGCAGCACAGAAGACUGGUGGGACUGGACGCUGAGCACACUGCUAGAUGAGCUGUACCCAGAAAGAACAUCUGCGAGAGCCUGGGGGGCUCAGCUUGGAGCUCUUGGAGGCCAAUGCCACCUAAUAGGCCCCCCAGUGGUCAAGCAGCUCAAGGCUUCUGCUGGCACUGCAUGCACGCCUCCCAGGCCAUUCUCAGAGCUCCUGGAAGAUGGGCUUUCUAUGCAUAGUAAAGGCCUUGUCCUUGAGGACCGAAAUGUGACCCCUGGUGGUCCUGAGACCUGUGACGUGAAGAAAGAGAGCUACAUGCAUAGCCUAGGAAGAACAAGGUCAGUGAGUAUCCAUAAGUGUGGCUCCCAGGCCCAUGCUGUGAGACAUGAAGCCUAUGCAGCUCUGACUGCCCUCAGAGCCAGCAAGUGGAUCGACCACAGCACAAGGGCCAUGUCUGUGCACUUCACCCUCUACAACCCUCCAACACGACUCUUCACAAGUGUGAUCCUGGGCACAGAAUGUCUCCCCACAGGAGGUCUGGUCCCCUCAUUCCUGGUAGAGUCUUUCAGCAUCUUCUACAGUGACUCAGCCCUAAAGUACCUUCUUAUGCUUUCUGAGCUGCUGUUCCUGGCACUCAACAUGAUCCACCUCUGUUUCCAGCUCUGGGGGAUGGCAACCAAGGGCAUCCUCAGCUACUGGAGAAAACCAAGACACUGGCUGGAGCUCUCUAUGGUUGGUGUAGCACUGGCCUACUGUGCAGCCUCUGGUCACCUCUCUACUCUUGCUGCAAACAUCACCGACCAGUUCCACAAAGGACUUUAUCAGAGGCUUGUGGACAUCGGCCUGAUGGUGUCAUGGAAUCAGAGGGCACGAUGCCUCCAGGGACUCCUCCUGUUCCUCUGGAUGUUGAAAUGUGUCCAUCUUCUCAGCUCUCUAAGCACCAUGACACCCUUCUCGGCAGUGACCUGCUCUCUCUUCAGAGUCGUGGUGCCAGUGCUGGUGGGGGCCCUAUUGCUGGCUGCCCAUUACCACUCGCACUGGUUUCUGCUCUUCACCGGGACACUGUCACGUGGCACCUCGGCGGAGGCAUUUCCUGGGCUACUGCUUCAAUUUCCUGGAAGAAGUAAAAAAGACUCAUGGCACAACCGUUUGAAGUCUGACCACGAAGCUGUGCUUUGUUCCUAUGGGACCCUCUUUCUGUUGCUGGCUACUCUGGGUUUCGGAAUGUUGAGAGCUACCUUCCUGACUGUUUUCCAAAACAGAAAGUCUUUCCUCAGAAAAUCUCUCGUGACACUUGAAGACAUUGCAGUUUACAUGUGGCAUGAAGUCCUCACCCUUCUGGGGCUGGGAACAACUUUGGGAGAGACUGAAGUGGCUACAGACCACAUCUAUUACCUAGAUGAAUUUUCAAGUCUCUUGGAUGAACUUCUGAUGAAGAUUGAUGGUUUGUCUGACAGCCUAGAACUUUCUAUCCUAGAAAACCAAUGGAGGAGAGCACUGGAGUCAAGGGCAGGCGACAGUCCUCCAGGUGGCAUUACCGAGUACCAAACUACAGGGGUUCCACAGCACAAGUUCGCUGUCCUGCUGGGAAGGAACUGGGUGUCAGUGGUACCUGAACAGGCCAAGCCCAACUGGGUUUUGCAGAACAGACUCCUCUUUGUGUGGUGA